GGCGACCCGAAGCUGUAUAUAGCUCGGGCAGAGACCUUGGCCACUUACCAUCUACAUCAUGAUGGCCUCCUCUUCGAACGAUACACCCAUGUUCGAGAAAGAAGGUUACCACGGGGCUGACUACAAAGAAAACAGGGACCUUGUCGUCGCCGAGUUGGUAUCAUUAGGCUACUCGCUUCCCACCAACUUCCUGUAUUCGUCAAACUCGGAUACAUUUACAUCGACAGCUAACAUCGUCAUUGACCCGGCAAUGGACAUACCCAGACGACUCCUUUCAUGGGAUGUUUUGUCCUUGCUCCCCAAGGGCUUAUGGCCGAACAUGAAGCUUUAUCGCGACGAAGGAAGUAUCUUGGGAAACGUGGUCCUCCUGCCUCCCAAUAUACCUCCUUCGACCGGUGAUUCAGUACCUCGGGCGCAACGGAAGAGGGCAAAGUUGAAGAUAGAGGCGAAAAAAGGAUGUAUUACAACGAGAAUACAUAGUCUCUACAACGAGACUCCCUAUACGCUGGAAAUCCUCGCAGAUGGCGACGUCGAGUUAUAUAUCCCAGCCUCUUUUCGAGGUCUGUUGAGGCUCACCGCUCCACGUCCCCAAAAUCAACAGCCCCAGGUAAUCCUAUGCGACGAAUUGAAGAAUGCAAGUACUCCUCUUGGAGAUAACUGGUGGAGUAGAGAGCGAAAAUGGUAUGUUGGCGAUAAUAGGGCUGUUACGAACAAAACCGAGGAGGGAGACGAGGUUGUAGUCGAUGCGAAGACGGGUAGGAUCAACGUAUACUACGUCGAGGAUCUCGCGCUCGAGAUAAAUUGAUGUCGAUCCCUAAGAUCGUGAUACUUCUUGGCACAGUAGCGCCAGCUUCCAUAACGUUCGAUGCAAUGAAAAAGAAUCGAAGAUACCUGAAAUAGAUCCAUUGAGAG